GGGGGAGGACUUCCGCUGGUACCUCAAGGUGCGGGCUGCGGGAGCGGGGAUCGCCGCUUUUAGCCUGAAAACCGCCGGGCGUGGUGCUGCUCGGCAGGGCACCAGCACGGAGGGCCUGCCGCUUUGCGUGUCACACCUGUCCCCGUUAGCACGCUGAAAUGUGGGAACUGUGGUGAAGUCUCUGAGAAAUGGCAGUACCUCCGGUUGAUGGACAGUGCUCCCCUGAAAGGAGGCAGAGGAAGUGCCACUAUGGUGCAGAAAUGCAAGCUGUGCUCCAGAGAGAACUCCAUUGAUAUUCUAAGUCAGACAAUCAAACCAUAUAAUGCUGAAGACAGUGAGAAAUUCAAGACAAUAGUGGAGUUUGAAUGCCGAGGUUUAGAACCAGUUGACUUUCAACCACAGGCAGGAUUUGCUGCUGAAGGUGCAGAGUCUGGCACACCUUUCAAUGACAUAAACUUGUUAGAAAAGGAUUGGAAUGACUAUGAUGAAAAAACAAAGGAAUCUGUUGGAAUCUAUGAAGUUACCCAUAAAUUUGUUAAAUGCUGAUGUUCACACACUGCUAACAAACCUUAUGCAUGCUUAUUGAUGAGCUGAAAACAUCAGAGCUUCCCUGGUGUUAUUUUUCACGUGGCUGAACUUCACAAAUAGAAACUUAAGUAAAUGGUACUUUACUGUCUGUGGAACAUCUAAUAAAAGAUUUUUCGCAGAGA